GCUGGAAUAGGGACUAGUCAGAUGGGUGAUGGCUUCUUGUUUUCCCCCCUUUUCAGAGCAUGAGCUGGUCCACGGGCACCAUGCCAGUUCUUCAUGUGAUGUGCCAGCCUCCAGUCCCAGAGCCAUGGGGGAGAUGAGGUAGCCCUUGGGUUUGACGGGGAAGCCCAGGCCAAUGGAUACGAAGUACAAGGAUGAUUUAUUCCGGAAGUACGUGCAGUUCCAUGAGGGCAAAGUGGACUCCACCCCCGGCAAGCAGCAGCCUGGCAGUGAUGAGCGCCUGCGAGUGGCAGCUGCCACCCUGCUCAGCCUGCACAAGGUGGACCCCCUGUGUCGAUUUCGGCUGAUCCAGUUCUAUGAGGUGGUGGAGAGCUCCCUCCGCUCGAUGAGCAGUUCCAGCCUGAGGGCUCUGCACUGCGCCUUCAGCAUGCUGGAGACGGUGGCCAUCAACCUCUUCUUGUUCCCCUGGAAGAAGGAGUUCCGCAGCAUCAAGACCUACACAGGCCCUUUUGUUUACUAUGUCAAGUCCACAUUGCUGGAGGAGGACAUCCGAGCCAUUCUGAGGUUCAUGGGCUAUGAGCCUGAGUUGGGGACUGCGUACAAACUUAAAGAGCUUGUGGAGUCCCUCCAGGUGAAGAUGGUCUCCUUUGAGCUCUUCCUGGCCAAGGUCGAGUGUGAGCAGAUGCUGGGGAUCCACUCACAGGUGAAGGACAAGGGCUACUCGGAGCUGGACGUGGUUACUGAGCGCAAGAGUAGCACAGAGGAUGCACGUGGGUGCUCAGAUGCCCUGCGGCGGCGAGCGGAGAGUAGGGAGCACCUGACCACUUCCAUGGCUCGCGUAGCACUCCAGAAGUCAGCCAGCGAGCGGGCAGCCAAGGACUACUACAAGCCCCGGGUGACCAAACCCUCCAGGUCGGUGGAUGCCUAUGACAGCUACUGGGAGAGCAGGAAGCCCCCCUCAAAGGCCUCUCUCAAUCUGCGGAAGGAGCCCCUGGCCAUGGAUGUAGGGGAUGACCUAAAGGAUGAGAUCAUCCGUCCGUCCCCCUCAUUGUUGACCAUGUCCAGCUCCCCUCAUGGUAGCCCUGAUGACCCUCCCUCCAUCUCUCCCAUCAAUGGCCUCGGCCUGCUUCGUGGUACAUACUUUUCCACUCAGGAAGACGUGGACCUGUAUACGGAUUCAGAAUCCAGGGCCACCUACCGGAGGCAGGAUGCUUUGCGGCCAGAUGUAUGGCUGGUCAGAAAUGAUGCCCACCCCAUCUACCACAAGCGUUCACCCCCCACCAAAGAGUCUGCCCUCUCCAAGUGCCAAAACUGUGGCCUGUCCUGCAGCUCCUCCCUCUGUCAGCGCUGUGACAGUGUACUUGUCUGUUCUUUGGCCUCUAAGCCCAGUGCUUUUCCCAGCAAGGCCUCUGCUCAUGAUAGCCUGGCCCAUGGGACACCUAUGCGGGAGAAGUAUGUGGGCCAGUCUCAGGGCCUUGACCGGUUGCCACCUGUUCACUCAAAGCCCAAGCCCUCUACCACAGCCACCUCCCGCUGUGGCUUCUGUAACCGUGCAGGUGCCACCAACACCUGCACCCAGUGUUCAAAAGUUUCCUGUGACACCUGCCUCGGCGCCUACCACUACGACCCCUGCUGCAGGAAGAGCGAGCUGCACAAGUUCAUGCCCAACAACCAGCUGAACUACAAAUCCACCCCGUUCUCCCAUCUCGUGUACAGAUAGGCCCUGCCUCCCCAUCUUCCGCUACAAGGGCUACACCACUGACCUGGCUUGGUCCCCUCAAGAGGUGUCAGAGCAGCACCAGAAGCAGAGACCCGAGCUUGACCAUGGAGGCAGCCAGAGUCACUGCUCUGUCACAAAGGAGUUCACUUAGCACCUGACACUCCACUCGGCCAUGCUGUGUGGCCGUAGGACAGGGUGGCACUUCCAUUCAGUCAUUUCACUGACCACUCCCUGCUCAGCUGGCUUGGGUUUGGGUUUUGGUUCUGGUUCCUUUGAAAAGUGGGGACUCUUGCCACACCUGCCUCACCCACUGUAAAGCCAGCUUGGACUGGGGAGGAGCCUUUGGGUCCCCUUUAAAUGCCCACCAGGAGUGGCGAGCUGGAGGCCUGCUGGCUUGUGAAAUGAGCCCUCCUGCCACACUGGGCCUCUCUGAUGGCUCGCCUCUUUUCCUGUUCCCCUGAUAAAAGGAUCCCUAGGCAGAUGUCCCUGCCCUUUGCCUCCACCCCUACCCCUACCCCAUCCCCCAAACAGGUCUCAAAGGGGAGCCAAGUCCAGUAUUAGCUGAAUCUUGCCAGCUCACUCUAUCAGCCCAGUGUUGGUGAGCUCUGCUUGGCAAAUGGAAAGUGGACUCCACAGCAGGACUGUUUGCGUGUCUGUCCCCAUCCCCCCCUGUACUGUACUGUACAUACAGAGUUUGAGGUUUAUUUUUAAAUGAGUAUUCAACUUGCUGUGUGUUUCAACAUGGUGAAAAAUUAAUGAUAAAUGGUAUUUAUAAAGGUGCCCUGGGUCCUUUAGUCUUCCAAGGGGGACCGAAUGCCCUUUCCUGGCGUUUCCUCCACUUGCUAGGGUGGAGAAAGCCUCACGGUAGGGGACUGACAAAGCCCACGUUCCUUUCCCAUGGCUGUAGAGAGCUGCUGUCUUCCCUAAGUAAAUAUACACCUACCUCUGGUGUGCACGUGGGGGGUUAGCUCGGUGCUGAGGUCUGUGCAGUGACCCCAGUGACAUGGGGACCCCAGCCCUCACAUCUAUAGCUCUGGUCUUGGUGCCUGCUGAGCAUGAAUCUUGUACCCUAACCCUUGAGUCUCUCCUCAGAAGAAAGUCCAGGUGGAUCCCCUCCACCCUCAUAUCGCCUUCCUCCCUGGUCCCCAGGGCUGUCAGCAGCGGCUCUUAGUCUUUUUGCACUAGUGGGCAGAGGUGGUGUGUGCCCAUCACACAGAUGCUACUCAGACAGCUUUCACGCUUCCCGGUAAAAACUACCCACCUCUGAUUUUUCCCUUUUGGGGAGUAGAGCAGGAAUAGGGCAGGAAUUUGAACUUAUCACUUCCUUUUGAACUGUUACACACUUUAGCCAUAGGCAGUUGUGAUAUGUUGUUUGGGAUCUAUGUGCAAGUGGGGCUUUCCCAAAGGCACUCGAGCUCUAGAGCAGGCUUGAUUCUAGCCAAACCCUGAGCCACUGUGAAUUUGCUGGUGUUUUUCCAACUCACUAGAGUGAUUUUAAGGUUUUCCAAAUCUUAUAUGGCUCUCUUUUUAAAAUCUCUAGCUGAUAGAUCACAUGUAGAUAGGUGUACAUACAGCUGACAUUGGA